CUUAGUUAAAUUAUUAUUGUACAGAUAUGGUUAAUUCUGAGUAGUUUUGAGAAUAGUAUCAUCAAUUUCUAAUCGGGGUUUGGGAAAGUUCAAAAAUAGUCGAACACACGGUGAUAACUCGGCGCAUGUUUUAACCUUGAAUUUAGCUGUCUAAUGAAGUAGAACAUUAAUUGAUACGUAGUAAGACGAAUGUUUUGUGUUUUUAGACGUGAAAUAUAGAAAAUGGCUUCGAAGGUUACUUUGUGCCAAGCAUUAGGUACAGAUGGAAGUGAUUUUAAUCAUAGGCAAAAAGUUGCAGGGCAGUAUCAAGUCAGCGUGACGAACAAAUCACGAUUAAAGUAUUGCAUAUUUUUUCACUAUCUUCUUUUCUUUGUUAUGCUUGCCAAAUUGUCAGCAGACAUUUUAGAUAGGCUUGAUAUUUUUAUUCUGGAAAUAGAGGAAUUAUUGAUACCACAGCCAUUGUGGUGGGAAUAUAUAUGGUGCACAAGUUUAUUACUUUCUUUCCUUGCAUUAUCAGCUAUUAAAAAGAAUAAAAUAAAGACACUUCAACGUUAUAUGAUUGGUCUUAUUGUAUUGGGUUAUGGACCAAUUCUAUAUGCAAUGAUAUACUAUUUUAAAGAUGUUUGGAGAUAUUUAACUGUUGGUAAAACAGAAGAUAUUCAACUGUGGCAGGGUCUACCAUAUGGAAUGUUAUGGUAUGCGUUUAUUCUUUUAGCUUCUCAAGUUCAUAGUUUUUCUUUAUAUUUUUCAUGGAAUCUUAUAGUAGCUUGGAAAACACGUGGUGGUAAGAAAAUACAAUAAAUAAAAGAAUUAAAUCAACAA